CUGAAACAAAUCGUUUGUUGAAGACAAAAACUGAAGUCGGAUUAGCGAUUAAAAGUUCAGCAUCUUAUCAAAAUCGACAACGGUUUGGACAAGCCUCAACUUUCUGAGCAUUGUCAUUUUGCAAGUGCGAAAUCAAAAGAACGAAAAGAGAAAAGCUGACGCUGCCGGCGCUGCUGUUACUGAUACAUAUACAAAUUAGUAAUCUCUUGCUCUGGGUGCUGAAUUCGUGUUUUUUUUUUGUUAUUAUUGAAUUUGAAGUGUCCAUAUUGCUGCUGUGCAAGCGACAACAACAACUGCAGGAUAGAAAAUCAGCGCACGCAUCAAUCGCAACGUCGACGUCAACGAAAUGGCGUUAAAAAAAGUGAAGGGAAAUUUCGAGCGCAUGUUUGAUAAAAACUUGACGGACCUGGUGCGCGGCAUACGAAAUAACAAGGAUAAUGAGGCCAAAUACAUAUCGCAAUGCAUAGAGGAAAUUAAGCAGGAGCUGCGUCAGGACAAUGUCAGCGUCAAGUGCAAUGCGGUGGCAAAGCUCACCUAUAUACAAAUGCUCGGAUAUGACAUCUCAUGGGCAGGUUUUAACAUCAUUGAGGUGAUGAGCUCAUCGCGCUUUACAUGCAAGCGAAUUGGUUACCUGGCUGCCAGUCAAUGCUUUCAUCCGGAUAGCGAGUUGCUUAUGCUAACCACGAACAUGAUACGGAAGGACCUCAACUCACAGAAUCAAUACGAUGCCGGUGUGGCGCUAAGCGGCCUUAGUUGCUUUAUAUCGCCAGAUUUGUCACGUGACCUGGCCAAUGAUAUUAUGACACUGAUGAGCUCGACCAAACCGUAUCUGCGAAUGAAGGCUGUUCUAAUGAUGUAUAAGGUAUUUUUACGUUACCCUGAAGCACUGCGACCUGCGUUCCCCAAGCUUAAAGAGAAACUCGAGGAUCCGGAUCCAGGUGUACAAUCGGCUGCUGUCAAUGUGAUUUGUGAGCUAGCACGUAAGAAUCCAAAAAAUUAUCUACCCUUGGCACCAGUAUUCUUUAAACUGAUGACAACAUCGACUAACAAUUGGAUGCUUAUUAAAAUAAUCAAACUGUUCGCGAGCCUUACAACAAUUGAACCGGCGCUGGGACGUAAACUGACUCAGCCCCUAAUUGAAAUUAUUUCCAGCACAUCUGCAAUGAGCCUCCUCUACGAGUGCAUUAACACGGUGAUCGCGGUCCUGAUCAGUAUCAGCAGCGGUAUGCCCAACCACAGUGCCUCCAUACAGCUGUGCGUACAGAAGCUGCGCAUCCUUAUCGAGGACUCCGAUCAGAAUCUCAAAUACUUGGGGCUACUGGCCAUGUCGAAGAUACUGAAAACGCAUCCGAAAAGUGUGCAGACGCACAAGGAUCUAAUAUUGGCUUGUCUGGACGACAAGGACGAGUCAAUACGAUUGCGUGCCUUGGAUCUGCUGUAUGGCAUGGUGUCUAAAAAGAAUCUGAUGGAGAUUGUGAAACGCCUGCUCGGCCACAUGGAGCGCGCCGAGGGCUCAGCGUAUCGGGAUGAGCUGCUCUUCAAAGUGAUUGAGAUAUGUGCGCAGAGUUCCUAUUUGUAUGUGACCAAUUUUGAAUGGUACAUGACCGUGCUAGUCGAGCUAAUCCAAUUAGAGGCUGGCUCCAAGCACGGCUGCCUGAUUGCCGAGCAACUGCUCGACGUGGCCAUUCGUGUUCCGGUGGUACGUCAGUUUGCCGUCAUCGAGAUGACCAAUCUGCUAGACACGUUCGCCGUCUCGACGCAAAGCAACUCCAUGUACGAAGUGCUCUAUGCAGCCGCUUGGAUUGUCGGCGAAUUCUCCAGCGAACUAGCAGAUGCCGAAAAGACCCUAAACAUACUGAUGCGACCUCGACAACUGCCCGGCCACAUCCAGGGUGUCUAUGUGCAGAAUGUCAUCAAGCUCUUUGCUCGCCUUGCUACCACCUGUCUCGAGCAACAGAAUAUGUCCGGCAUCGUGUGUCUGUGCGAUCACGUCCUGGAGAAACUGCACCACUUCAAUGGCUCCAACGACAUUGAAGUCCAGGAGCGUGCCAACUCGGCGUGCAUGCUAAUCGAGAUGCUGCGCAAGCAAUUGACUGCGUCUGAUGAGACCGCGACGACGGGAGCCAUACCAACGUUAGCAAUUGAGAUUGUUCAGGAAAUGGCGCUACUGUUUGCCGGCGAGCUGAUACCCGUUGCGCCCAAGGCACAGCGCAAGGUGCCGCUGCCGAAUGGCCUGGAUUUGGAUGAGUGGAUCAAUGAGCCGCCACCUGAGGACGCGAGUAGCUCUUCCUCCGAUCACGAUAAGGAUGAGUUGUUUGUGAGCUCAACUCAUGAUGGCAACGAUGCUGCCGGCGGCGUUCAUGCGGGCGCCAAGCGACGCAAAAGUCUAGAGCUGACACCAGAACAAAUGGAGCGUCAGCGCGUGGCUCGUCUUAUCGAGCAGUCGAACAAUCCACACUAUCUUAAAUCAACGCCAAUCUCUUCGUCCAUUGCCAUCGGCAUCAGCAGCAAUAACUCAAAUGCGGAUCAAUAUGACAAUAUCGAUGAUAUUCCCAUAACAGAGAUACCACUGGACAUUGAAGGAGUCGUCGCAUUGCGGGUGGGCAUUACGAAGCGAUCGGACAAAUAUCUACAGACACUGCAAGCGACAACGUCGCUCAGCAGUAAAGAUGCUAAGAGAAAGCAUAAAAAGGGUAAAAAGAGCAAAAAAUCAAAAAACAAAGUGGCCUACAACAGCAGCUCCGAGUCGGAGGCGGAACCAAAACCGCUGCAUCUUGUUAACACAACGCUGGACAUGCCUGAGGGUGUUACACUGUCUGACAGCGAGGAUAAGGACGGAAAAUACGAUCCAAAUGAUCCACACCGUGCGCUUGAUAUUGAGCUAGACAUCUCCAUGUUUGAAACACCCGCGAAGGUAUCCAAGGGUUCGGUAUCGAUCAGCCCCAACAAAGAAAAUCUCAAGGCGCCAACGCAAGCUGGCACGUCCAGUUCAAAGGGCACCGACGCCGUCGCUGGUAAAAAGGAGAAGAAAUCCAAGGAAAAGAGACGCGCCGACCGUAAAACGAGUAAGGAGCAAGCAGUGCCCAAUUUGAUCGAUACGGAAGGUAGCCCCUACCGGGCUUCAACAGACAAUGGCGGCAGCAGUAACAACAACAACAUUAUCCUCUCCGAUACGGCUCACAGUCAGCAUAAAAAGAAGAAGCGAGAGAAGAGCGAGAAGGCUGCGCACAAAUCAAGCAAACAAUUGAUUGAUGAUGCUCCAAAAACAACAACAACAACCUGCACAAACAUUAUCGAUGUGGGUGACAAUGCGAGUGCAGAGCCGGAAGCCGAGCCGGCUAUCAUUAAGGCCCACAGGAAGAAGCAUAAAAAAGAAAAGUCGCAGCAUAAAGAGAAGCGGAUGCACAAAACGGCCGCAUCAGACUAUGAACAGCCGCAGGGUGUAUCGACGCCCAGCAAAGAGAUUUUCUAAUUACAAAAGCAGACAAAACAUCAAUGCAUCAUCGUCAAUGGCCCACACACAAUUUUCAUAUAAUAAGUAUGGUAAAGAAAUUGGUCAUUAUGCUGAAAAAAUGCCUAUUCUUCUCAUCCUACGACUAAAUUAUCGCUGCGAUAUAAAAGCAACUUGAACAAAUGCUAUUAAAAAGACAGAAGCACGUAUAAAUAAAGCUACAUAUACACAUUAUAUUCUUAUUUGAAAAUCCGCAUUUGCCAUUGCGGCUUAAAAAAAAAAAAGAAUCGAUGAAAUUAUGAACCAACAGGAAACAAGAUAAUUGGGUACUAUUUAUAUACCUUUUGAUUGAAACCCAAUUCCAAACUAUACUUGAUACAAUAUAUAUAUAUUUAAUGUUUAAAGUAAUGCCAAUUAAAAAGAAAUCAACAUAAUUAAGCGAAAUUAUUGUAUUGUUUCAUACUAUAUAUAUACAAAUAUAUAAACGUUGAAUAUAUCAAAAGUGCAUAAUGUAUAUAUGUACAAUAAAGAAAACAAAACCGGAGAAAAUGGUACACCUACAA